AUGGUGCGGAAGCUGAAAUACCACGAGCAGAAGCUGCUGCGGCGGCUGGACCUGGUGAACUGGGAGGCGUCGGCGGGGAACUUGGCCGAGGUGAAGGCGCUGCGGCGGUACCGGCUGGGCCGGCGGGAGGACUACGUGCAGUACAAGGCGCUGGCCCGCGCCGUCCGCGCCUUGGCCCAGCGGCUCCGCGACCUGGGCCCGGCCAGCGCCGCCUUCCGCGCCCGCUGCUCCGCCGCCUUGCUGGAGAAGCUGUACGGGCUGGGGCUGCUGAACGACCGGCGCUCCCUGGCCGCCUGCGAGAGCCUCUCGGCCGCCGCCUUCUGCCGCCGCCGCCUGCCGUGCCUGCUGGUGAAGCUGCGGAUGGCGCAGAACCUGCGCCACGCCGUCACCUUCGUGGAGCAGGGACACGUCCGUGUGGGGCCCGAGGUGGUGACCGACCCCGCUCUCCUCAUCCCCCGCGCCGUGGAGGACUUCAUCACCUGGGUGGAUGCUUCUCGCCUGCGGCAGAAGGUUCUGGACUACAACCAGGAGCGCGAUGACUUCGACCUGGCUGCCUAGGGGUGCACUGGCUCACCGUCGAUUCUCUGCUCCUGCCUCUUGGGACGCAUGUGGGGUAUAACCACGGCGGUGCCACCAUCAGAUAUUUAAACCCCCCAAACACACCAGGAAGGGGAGCGAGGAGGAAGCAUAUGCAGUUCUAGUAAAGUAUCGCUCUGUGCCUACCUCCCCUUCGCAGCUACCAGCUCCGCUCAUCUGCAUAAAUAAACAUCCCUUCCACAUCCAUCACUCGGAGAAAACAUCUGAUAACCUGGCUCCUUCAUACUCACAUCCUGUAAAGCAAAAGUGCUUCGAAAGGUCUCUGCCUGGACAUGGUCGGGUGUCAGUGCUUGGCUGCUAAUAAUAACUGCUGGAUGGGUCUUAAGCCCGGCUGAGCGGCCCUUUUAGGACUGAGAUUGGCAGCUUUGCUGCUGCUUUUUUGAGAGGCUGCCACGAAAGAUUGAUGGUUAUUCCAUGAGCUGAUGGGUGCGCAGUGACCAGAGGAGCUGCUUUUCUCUUGAUAUGGAGGAACAUGUAUAUGGGGGAAAUGCAGGGGGUUGUUUGGGGUCAGGAGUAACGAGAAGGCCAUUACUGCCUUUCUGGAGCUGUAAAAAUAUAGACAAAAAUAGAAUUAAAACAAAACAAAACUUAAUUUUCAUGUGAAUUUGUAAAGGGAAGUUUGAUACUCUUAAGUUCAGUGACUUUGCUGUCUGGGUUCCAGCUGACAACCAUAAUUUAGGGAGCAGGAUCUGAUGGGAGGUGUUGGAGCAAAAGCUGUCCUGACCAUAACUGCAAAUCUGGAGGGCAUUUUUUGCAUUUAGCACAUAAGCCGAACAAAAGUUGGUAGCUGAGGGGAGCCUCAGGCCUUCUGGGGCUGUUGGGAUCUUUAUUUUCCUUUGAAGAGCAGAAAAGCAAAAAUAAAGCAAUUGUUUUACGUUGCUGAAGAAAUGUGUGUGAUAUUUGAUGAUGUCAUUUCUUCGAGGGUUUCUUCUGAUUUUAAAAUAUUCCGGUAAGCCCUGUUUGUCAUCUUGUGGAACUUUUUUUUUUAUUAAAUGUAAUUUUUUAAUGUUU